UCUCCUCACCAUCCUCCAUGGCGCUUAGCGAAUCAGAGCUCACAGAACCGGUGAAAAGGCUAAAAGACCAGAGGCUAUAGUUCAGUUAGAAACCUCGGUUUAUUUUGCGAUGUCAGCUUUCGGACUCAAUCUACACUCUGUUUCGUCCAUUGCGGCCGAGAUUUCAGCACCAGCUGAGUUAGACAGCGCCUGCGCAGACUGCGACUCGCAAACUCCUCCAGCCUCACGAGGAGACUUCACUCAUCCGCCUCCGUUCAUUCAUCUACAUCAGUCACCCAUUCACAUCGGCCCGGGAGGCCUCGGCACGGUUCUGGAGGAAGAACUGGCCAUGCUUACACGGGAACGGGAAGAAGAAUUGAUCAUUAACGACCAGGACCCAGAUCUUUUAGCGCUUUUCCGGCAAAAAGAAAAGGAUUUGGUUCUGGCUGCAAAACUCGGGAAAGCGCUGCUCGAGAGAAACCAGGACCUCACAAAGCAAUAUGAAAAAAUGACCAAGGAUCUGAACGAGAAGCUAGAGAAUCUGGAGCAGGAGAAGCAUGAGUUGCAGCAACGCUUGGAGAGACGAGAAGGCGAGUGGGAAGGUCGAGUGGCUGAGCUGGAGACUGAUGUGCAGCAGCUCAAGGGUGAACUGGAUAAGCAUAAGUUGCAGAUGCGUGAGACUGAUCGGGACAAGACCCAUGCCAUCACAGAGCUCUCAGAACAAAACUACAGUCUGCUCGAGCAGCUCAGCAGAGCUGCUGAUGUGGAGAGACAACUGUGUACUCAGGUCCAUUUAUUGCAGAAUGAUUUUAAAGAAAAGAACCUUUCCAAAACCCAGCACAUGACACAAUUGGAGAGCCUGCAAGCAGAGCAAGGGCUAGAAAUAAAGAUGCUGUCUGAGCGUAAGCAGGAACUUGAGCGAUGUUUAACCACAUUGCAUGAGGAGAAUGAGCAGCUCCAGAGCACUGUGGACAACUUGAAAGACCGGACACUUGUGUUGGAGAAGCUAUGCCAGGAGAAGGACUUACAGCUGCAGCAGAGUCGUUUAGAGCUACAGGAGGUGCGUGUGUCUCAUCGGCAGUUAAGUGCCCAUUUGGCAGAGAUGACUGAGGAGAAAAGUCUCCAGGGCUUCAGCGCUAACACUCACUCACUGCUGUGUGAGAUAGAGCAGAGCAUGGAGCAGGAGGAGCUCAAGCAGGAGAAGGAUCAGUUGCGUCUGCAGCUAUGGGAAGUUUAUUGCCAGAUUCGCUCUAUCUGCUCCCAGCUGAGAGGAAAUGACAUCACAGACUCUGCCCUGUCCACAGAUUCAUCCAUGGAUGAAUCAUCAGAAACAUCAUCAGCUAAAGAUGUGCCUAUGGGCAGCCUGCAGUCGAGUCUGAGUGAGCUGCGCAGACUUGCACAAAACCUGCUGGAUGGCAACGAGUCAACAGGAUCACGUCGCAGCGAUGAGGAUGUUUUGGAAGAGCAUGUGCGGAAACUGGGUGAGGAACUGCGAGAAAUACAAGACCUUUACGAACAGGAGCAAGAAAGGGUACGCAGCACUCAGGAAGACAUGUUGCAACUCCAUAAUCAGAUUGCACUACUCUCCCUAGAAGUGUGCUCAUCACGGGAGGAGAAUGAGAGACUAAAGGCAUCAGAGAUUCGAGAGCCAAGUGAACAACUACAAAAUGCAAUCCGAGACCGAGAUGAUGCCAUCACGAAAAAGAAAGCAGUGGAAAUGGAGCUGGCGAAGUGUAAGGUAGACAUUAUGUCUCUGAACAGUCAACUUCUUGAUGCUAUCCAGCAGAAGUUUAAUCUUUCCCAGCAGUUAGAAGCCUGGCAGGAUGAUAUGCUCAGAGUGAUAGAUCAGCAGAGACUAAGGCUGGUAGUUAUGGCUCCACCAGAGCCUCUUCCAGGCGGGCAACUAGCCUCUUUGAUGGUGACAAGCACUUCUCACUUUUUAAGAAAAACUGAAUCUGUCUAGGUGAAAAGAGAAAGAUGAAGAGAUAUGCUAAAAGUGUAAAUUAAACAAAGGCAUACCAUGAUCAACACAGCCAAAGAUGAAGAUUUAUAAUCAGUAAUGAACAAUAUUUUGUUCUGUAAUCCUGUAUAUAUUUUUGCACUUUACCUGUCCUUAGCACUCCUCUCCUUCAAAUACUCCUAGAUGAUGCAUAAACAGUCAGUAGAAAAACCUGCAUAAAGAAAAUGUCAUUUUUUUCUUUUACAGCUUCAGAGUGAUAUUUGCAGGUUUACUACAUUUAAACAAUAUUUAGGCCAAUUUCCCCUUCUUAAAUAUUCUUACCCUAUUGCCAAAGUGUUUCAAUAGGAAUGUCAGAUUUAGCUCCAUCAAACUGAAGGACUCUUUUGGUCUUUAACUCAGGAUAAGCUAAACUCUGUAAGCUUCUAUUUAUUCAAAGUCAGGCUGCAGGUUGUAGUUUGUGAAUCACUGAUGCACUUGUAAAGAUACUUCAGAGGCCUCUUAUUUAGUCAGCUGUUGAAUCAAUAUAACUUGAUUCAAAAAUUGAUAAAAGCUAUUGCUUGGAUGAAAAGAAAAAAUGUUAUUAACAAGUACCAGUUAACAGUAAAACAUGCUAAUUUUUGACCUAACUGGAAAACUUACAUUUUUAUUAUUUUGAAAAAAAAAACAAUGAAAGAUAAACAUGCUCCUACAUUUGAGGAAAAAUAUUUUUCCGGAUUGUCUUCAAGGGUUUGAGCUUAAAUCAUUGUGUUGCAGGUGAAAUAAUCAAAUAAAACUUGUACUGUCCCUGCACCUGAAUGUGUACACACAAAAUAGAAUAGCCUAUGGAAACAUAAGGGCCAUUAUAGGUUUGGGUUAAUGGGCUUGCAAUGUAUAGUGGAAGUUACACAAAUUUAGGGUGUUGAAUCAAGGGCCUGAGAACAGCCAUGUGGAGGGAAGGAGAGGAGUUUUUUUUGGUGAAUGUGCCAUAUGG